AGUAUUUAACAGCUGAUUUGCACUAUCAUUUCAUAACGCUUGAUUACUUAUCGCAAUUUGUAUAAUGAUUAAAGUAUUGUGUUAGAAAAUAUAGACCGAAUUUAAUAAUACGAAUAAGGAUGGCAUUGUCCAGAGGACGUACUGCUGAAUUACCAAAAGAUGCCGUAAUUAUUACCGAAGGACAGGCUUUAGCUUACCAAUGGAAGAUGAUCUCCAACUGGGACAAACCCGGAGAAGUGUGGAGUUUACGUUAUUCACCACCCGUCUUAGGGUCGUUGGCAGUCUUUACAAGUGUUUUUAUAAAUAAUCAUUACCGUACAAAACUACGGUUGGGCACCUAUGGUCAAUUCUCUACUUACCUGCCCAUUGUGAUAAUACCGGCUUUACUUUCUAUCGGUUGCCAUAAAUUGUUCGUUCAAAAUUCUCUUAUUCUGCGUGGAAUGUCUGAAUGCCCCACUUGCAUACAGUUGAGAGCAGCGGCAUUUCAGGUUAGUUUCGGUGGUAUUUAUCCUGGCAUUCUGGCCCCAUUUGCUGCCUGCAUGUUCGCUACACGUCAUUUCACCUAUCGAUUGCCGGCCAUCACAGAACAGCCUUUAGAAGUGCUGCAGUUGCUACGAAAAUUCGCUAAACCCAUUCUCCCGACGAUGGGUAUGAUCUUAGCCGGUCAAGCUUUAAUAACCAUCUAUUUAACUUAUAAGCAGCAAAAACAAAUUUUGGAAAUUUAUAUGAAGAUGAAAAAAAUUGAGCAAAAUAUAGAGACAGAGCUAGGUAUUUAAAAUAUAAAAUUCACGUACACAUUUUUUUCCAAAACUCACUAGAUGCAGUUGUAGCAGCUCUUUUUUAAAAUUGAAGAAUGCGUUAUCGGCUUUUUAAAAAGGUGGCAUGUUAAAGCCAAAACCUGAUGUCAAAAAGCAAAG